AUUGUGAUAUAUUUGCCCACAAAUCAAGGGCAAAAUUUACUACAGCUACUACAUUUUUUUCCCAGAAAAGAAAAUUCUUUUCUUGACAAAAGAUGAAGGCAUGGAAGUAUGAUGAAUAUGGAAGUGUUGAUGUGCUGAAACUGGCUACUGAUGUGGCGGUUCCUGAGAUCAAAGAUGAUCAGGUGUUGGUUAAGGUGGUUGCUGCUGCUCUUAACCCUGUUGAUUACAAAAGGAGGCUUGGUUACUUUAAAGCUAUCGAUUCUCCUUUGCCGAUUAUUCCAGGAUUUGACGUCGCUGGGGUAGUUGUGAAGGUUGGAAGCCAAGUAAAAGGACUGAAGGAAGGAGAUGAAGUAUACGGUGAUAUUAACGAUAAGGGUCUAGAUGGGCCUACACAGUUUGGAACAUUGGCUGAGUACACAGCGGUUGAGGAGAGAUUGUUAGCUUUGAAACCGAAGAACUUGGAUUUUAUACAAGCUGCUGCUCUCCCUCUUGCAAUUGAGACCGCUUAUGAAGGUCUUGAAAGGGCUAAAUUUAGUGAAGGUAAAACAAUCCUUGUUUUAAAUGGUGCUGGUGGAGUUGGAUCAUUCAUAAUUCAGCUUGCAAAACAUGUGUACGGUGCUUCAAAAGUAGCAGCCACAUCUAGUACAGGAAAACUCGAGUUGCUAAAGAGUCUAGGAGCCGAUGUAGCAAUCGACUACACCAAAGAAAACUUUGAAGAUCUACCAGAUAAAUAUGAUGUUGUGUAUGAUGCAAUUGGACAACCGGAGAAAGCAUUGAAGGCGGUUAAUGAAACUGGUGUUGCAGUGUCUAUAACGGGGCCAAUUUCACCGCCAGGAUUCAGCUUUCUUCUCACAUCUGACGGAUCCAUUUUGACAAAACUAAACCCUUACCUGGAGAGUGGAAAGAUCAAAGUGAUAAUUGACCCUAAAAGCCCAUUUCCGUUUGACAAAGUUAAUGAAGCUUAUGCUUACCUUGAGAGCCACCGGGCUACUGGAAAGGUAGUCAUAUACCCGAUUCCUUGAGGUUUGAAAUAAAUUUCCGCGUCAUGGCUUUCUUUACACACCUCUAAUAUAUAUAGUGUGGCUUGCUUUGUGAAAUAGUGAGAAUAAAUAUGGUGUGCAAAGUGCAAAGAGUGUUAUUGUAAUGUUACGAAUUCUUAAUGAAUGUAGCUAUUAUAUUUGGGCUUGAAAAAAAAAGGAAACCAGAGAAAGUGGAAUGAUUCUAUUUGGGCUUGUUUUUAAGUCCAAAAGAAAGUGGGCUGAAAUAAAAGGAAACCAAAAGAAUGUGCAUUCAA